AUCAUCAUAAUGUGGCAUAAUCAGCAUAAUGUUUUUAAGUGUUUUACAUAUAAAACCUUUACCUGCAAAGUAACUAUACAACCAUCACAUAAAUUUAGUGGAGUUAGAGCCUCGAAAUCUGAAAUACUCAAAUAAAGUUGCAGAAAAAAUUACCUUCUACUUCUGGUAAAAUGUCAUUUGCUUAUUCUAUUUUGUAUGAUUGGCCAAACCUGUGUACUGUAUUUGCAGGAAAUUUUAAUUUUGGCUAGCCUCUAAAACUCAUUUUCAGGAUAAUUUGGGUGAAAUGUAAUUUUCAGGGAAAUGUUUAGUCACAAAAUGUAUUACUGGCACAAGCUGAACUUACAUUAUCCAGCUGCAUUCAAAGGAAUUUUGUUAUUUCUUUAUAAUACAAAACAUUUUCUGAAAAAUACUGAGAAGUGUUUCCAAAUUUAUGAGUGAAUUGUCAUUUAACAGCAGAAAACUGGCUAAUUUGCAUUAGAGAUGUGCGACUGCAGUGCGGUCAGUGGGUUUCCUGUGGCUUCUUGAUCUAGAAUGGCAAUUAACAGCCAUCUAAAGAGAUGGCUGUUAAUUGUGUAGCGGUUUUAAUUGCAAACGGUUGAGUGCUUUGGACACAAAGAGACACAAUUGACACACAUGUGCCUCCCCACACCAAGAAAGCCCUGCUUCCUGCCACUCAGGCUACACCAGGAAAAUAAACCAAAUGGCCACUUGUGACCAUGUAGCGGUAUCAUACAAUGUCAACAAUCACGUCUGCAUUAUGCAAAAAGUGAGUAAACAACAGACUGAGGGACACAAAUUGGCUCAACACCAGCUGUCUAAUUAGCUUUGUGCUGAUCUUGAAAAGCAAACAAACACUGAAAGCGGGACGUCUGAAAGCCGGCCAGGCAUCGGUUCUAAGAGUUCUGUUCCCCCCAAAUCAGACGGGGCGCUCCAGUUCCGCUUGCAUGGAGAGAGAGGGAGAUUUUAAAUAAGACACAUGGAUAAGAUCAUACGUUAAGUUCCCAGAAGAUCUUCGCUCGGUUAUUUUGGAAACAUUGUAAAGACUCACAAGAGGCUCGGGUAGAAUUUACAUUUUAAUGAAGCCUUAGCUGAUUGCUAUUAUGCUGAGUUCCUCGCAACUGCCUAGUUUAAGGUUAUGUGAAGCACAAAAGAAAGCAUAUACUCUCUCACACACACACACACACACACACAUACAGAAAAACAGCCUGAUGCACAUGUGCCCACACAGGCCUGCAGAUACACACACGCCCCACUAAUUUAACACACUCCUGCUGAGAGGUUGUUGCAGAAACAAACUGUCCUGUAAACAUAGGGAGGGGGCAGAGAGGACACCCAGGGGUGCAUUACAUUCUCUCCCAGCACAAUGUGGCUGGAAAAAAACAUUUGCAACAAUUUUCCUGCAUUAGAAAAGGUACAAAAUAGAGGCUUUUUAUAUUAUACAGGACACAGGGAGAGCCAGUCAGAAAAAUAUAGGGGAAGAGGGAAAGUGGUCUUCUUUUUUGUUGUAACAUGAGAGUGACAGGCACAGCGAUGAGUAGCAGGAGCACCGUGACAAGUGGCACGGUGACGAGUGUUACUGACGAAUUUUGCUCGGCGAAAGACAGCAUGUAUCAUGUCAGAUCAGAAUCGUCAGGACUCGUCACUUCGCUGUCAUUCAGCAACAGCCUGUGUGGGAGUGUAGACAAAUCCGCAUUCCUGCGUCGUUAUCAGGCACACUGCAGUCGGAGGCGUGAGUAAUGAUUAGUCACAUACAGUGGUGGCUGCUAUUCACCAGUCAUCACUUAAAAAGAUGGCAGUAAUGGCAACUUGAAAUUCCUGCCGUUAAUGACAUUUUUGGGGAGUAACAUCAGGCACAUUACAAAGACUGUUUCAUACUGUGAAAACCAAAUCCAGCUUAUGCUCUGGGACUCCUGGCAGUCCUGACGCUGCUUUAAAAAACGAUUCCCUCCCUUGUUAAAUGUCCUGGCACACCCAGAGUAGGAGACAUCUUAUCUGCAGCACCCUUCUUAUCGCUCAGCCCCAGUGGAAACUAUUGCCAGGUAGCAGGUUGUCAUAUGACACACAGCGCUGUGACAAGCCACAGCUCAGCAUAGUUUGCCACACCGCUGGCAGCUCCUAUGUGAUAAUACAUAACACAACAGUACUGCAGGGUCUCAGAUAGCGCCAAGGGGAAAUAUGAACCCAGUGGUGAUUUGUAUCUGCCUUAUUAAAGAGCUGACCUUGACCAUGGGGAAAACUGGAUUAGUCUGAUUUUUAACAAAGAGGCGGGAUGAUGUUAUGCUGUUGAAAUGAAGAGCUUCUUCCUUUUCAUGCUCUCCUCUUCUGUUCCCCCCCCUCUCUUCCACCUCCCCCCUGCUGUCUGUCUUACUAACAUCCAGUGUUCAUUGUCCUGUUAAACAAAAGGAAGGGCUGAUGCAACAGUCUGUGUCCAGGCGUCUUCCUGGCACAACAUAAACACAGAAGACACCAGCUCGCUGUGGGGUAACACUGCUCAAGCAAACACACACAAAAACGCGCGCCAGCCAUGCUACUUCCAUCACAGACAAAGCCUGAUGAGAGGAUCCUUGAGGUGAUUGAAGGGAUAAGUACAUCCUGCAAACUGCAGCUCAUGGCAGAUAGUGCGAAGAAAGAUAUUCCUCAGUGCUGAGAUGCUGGAACAAAGCUGCUUCUUCAGGGAUCAGAUAAUGCAGUAUUGGAGGUCCCCACCAAGGAAAGACAGCAGCCUUCCAGUUCUUGGACUGUAAAACUCUGCUAUUGCUUGCCAGACAGUUGGAAAUAAAAGAGCCAGUUGGCCUGCAGAUGCUCAGUGGUCUUCUGUAAAUUGAUAGCUCGGCCAAGAUGGAUGUGUUUAUGAAGGGUUUGUCUAAAGCAAAAGAGGGGAUGGCUGUGGCUGCAGAGAAGACCAAGGAAGGAGUCGCAGUUGCAGCAGAAAAGACUAAAGAAGGCGUUAUGUUUGUAGGUAACAAGGCCAAAGACAGCGUGGGCACAGUGGCUGAGAAGACCACAGGAGCGAUGGGGAACAUCGUUGCUGCCACUGGCCUGGUGAAGAAAGACGAGUUCCCUGCUGACAUGAAUCCUGAGGAGUACGGGCAGGAGGCCAUGGAGGGCCAGGGAGAGGGAAUGCUGGAGCCAGAAGGGGAGACAUAUGAUGAGACCCAGCAGGAGAGCCAGGACUACGAGCCAGAAGCAUAAAAGCAUCAGUCCAAGCCACCAUCCAACCAGCAGCACAAUAAUAUUUCUAACAAUAAAAAGGACAAAUGCUGAAACUAUUACAAUUAUACCCCUGUUGCAAAAAACAACAAAAAAUCAAGCAUUCCCACUGAAAAAUGUUCUUCCUUCAAGACAAAUCUUUUAUUAUUAUAUAUUGUAAAUGUCAUGUUAUUAAUGUAAUGUGUUGGGUGUAGGUAUUUAUUGAGAUGUAGGAUCGUCCGCACAGUCUCAUUUCCUUGAUUCCCUCCCAAUGAAAUGAGACCAGAGCCAGGGCUUGUGACUUUGUACUUGUGUGUAUCUGUAUUUAGAAAAUGUGCAAUAGAUGUUCAUCAUCUUCCAAUGAGACGUUGGGAGUGGAAAAAAUAAAUAUGUCCGGUUGCAAGCAGAUAUUAAUACAAUAAUAUCCUCUUAAGUGUCGACAAUGCCUGUUUGUGGGUUUUUUUUUUUCCUUUUUGCAUUUCUUUGGAAAAUCCAUUUUUGAAGUAAGAGUUUUUUACAUUGUAUCUUUAUAGUUGCUUGUGAAAUCAUUCCAGUAAACUAUCUGUUAGAAAUGGACAGAGUAUA